AUGCUCAGAGUGGAAGCAAUGCAAAUGCUAUCGUCAAGAACGAGUAACUCAUCGGGUCUUCACCCCUCCUCCAAUGAGAUCAACACCAAUUUACUCCAUGUACAUUUGGAACCACGUCGUAAGAAAAGUAUCACAACGACUAAGGACGAUGAUGACUGCAGCGUCGGCAGUGAUGAUGGUACCUAUUACUCUGGUAGUUCUCCUUCCUUUUCUCCAACGAACCUCUCAUGCUCCUCUCCAUCCUCGCCUUCCUCAUCAUCGUUGACCACAAGUUGGGUACAAGAAAUGUGUGAGGCUUGUAAAAUGGGUGAUGAAUUUCUUCUCCAUGAGUUGAUCGAUGAACGAGAGGAGGCUCGUUCCAAGGUAUCCGAAUCAGAGUUCAAGAAGAAUUAUAAUAUCAAUGAGUUGGAUAAAAGUUCAAAGAGAAGUGCUCUCCAUUGGGCCAUGUCUGGUAAUCAUGUCAAUGUAGUAAUUAUCCUCUUGUCCUUAUUUACAUCAUCGAGUUCAGACACAAUGCUCGAUGUUAACGUUCGAGAUGGGCGAAAUGGAGCAACUCCCAUGCAUUUAGCCGUUGCCAAUGAAUCUCUUGAUUGUAUCAAACUUUUUGUAAAUACUUCCUACGUACGCUCUAAACUGGAACAAUCAGCAAAAGAUUGUUAUGGAAAUACAUUCUUUCACGUUGCCUUUCGAUUGAAGAAGUGGCAAGUGAUGGAAACGCUCAUUCAACUUUUUGGAAAUGAUAUUAUCAAUUCUAGGAAAUCUAACUCUGAGACAUGUCUGCAUGUGGCUGCCAAGAAUGCUGACGUGAAGGGAAUCAAAUGGUUACUGAGCCAUGGUGCAAAGAUUCAUUUGAAAGAUGAAAAUGGUAGACGACCACUAGCGAGCGCAGUGUUUUUCUAUAGAGAGGAUUGUCAUGUGGAAGGAAUGGUCGACAGUAGCAAUUCCACAAAGAAGUCCACCAUGUCAGGUUAUAAUUAUGCUGAUUUGUCGGUGAAACCCUUCAAGAUUGGAGAAUCGAUCACAACUCAGAAAUCAGAAAAACUAAGUGUGCCACUCAAGCCAAUGAAUGGAAAGUUUCCCAAUUCAAGACUGCAUCCAGAGAGGCAGCAUGGAAACUAUGACACUCUAUUCACUCAAGAGGAGGUUAACAGAUUACAACGAACGUUAAUGUAUACCUUACUUUUGAACGAAGAAGUGUAUACUUUAUCUGGAGGCAGUUCCAAGAAAUGGUUAAAGAGUGAAAGUGACCAAGCUUCAGACGGAACCAGUUUGUUCCAUUUGGCUUGUCUCAACGGAAAUAAGGAAUUUAUUUCUGCCUUUGCCUUAAUGUUUGACAAAGCUCAUCUCCAAUUCCUUCUAGAAAAACGAGACUCCAAAACCAAGUACAACUCUCUCCAUUUCGCAUGUGAGGGAGGGCAUUUUGAAGUUUUGGAAUUAUUAACCACUCUGUUAAAAGAUAUGCUUCCAAAUGUAGAACAAUUCAAACAAUAUAUCAACGCUAAAGAUCAGCAAUUGGAAACACCGGUUCACAAAGCAGCUCGUAAAUUGGCCUCCCUAAUAGAAGAAAACUCGAAUACCAUGACGUCAGACACUCAACGAGCCAUUCAUUGUGUGACACACCUCAUGUAUUCCCAUGGAGCAGACAUGAACGUUAAGAAUUUACAAGGUGAAAAGCCAAUUGACAUACUGGACCAAUGUGGAUUCUUCACGUCUGGAUUGUUCUUGUACAUGAAAAAGUAA